UUUCCAGCUAGGAUCCUGACAUCAUGACGACUCUUUGGAUUUUGUUUGGGCUCAUGAAUUUGGGCACAUUCCUGAAGACAGGAAACUGUGUUGAAGUACAUGAUCAAGUUCUGGCAAUCACCCCAAAAACUCAAGAACAAGUGGAAGUCUUGAAGAAUGUGUCCUCUGAGGAUGAGUCGGCCUUGUGGAAGCCUGAGUCACGUCACUACAUUAGAGAAGAAAGUGAAGUCCGCCUGUUUGUUCCUGCCACAAACUUAGAAGCUGUGAAGGAUCUGCUGCAGAGACAUAACAUAACACACGAGGUGUUAGUGGCAAACACCAGGGCGCUGAUUGAAAUGCAGAUGGACGACUCCACAGACGUACAACGAAGCUCAAAUUUCUAUGAGAGAUAUCACAAGCUGGAGGAGAUCUAUGACUGGAUUAACAGGACCGCCCAGGAUCACCCCGCCAUUAUAAAAACCAUUCUUAUUGGCUCCUCCAGUGAGAAUCGACCUCUCUAUGUCUUGAAGUUGUCUAUGAAUAACAGAGAGGAUAAAAAAGCCAUGUGGAUUGACUGUGGGAUCCACGCCAGAGAGUGGAUCUCUCCUGCUUUCUGCUUGUGGUUUGUACAGCAUUCUUUGACAUCUUACAAUGUCAGCCGAGACAUCACUGACAUCCUGGACAAUAUGGACGUCUACAUCCUUCCUGUGAUGAACCCUGAUGGUUACAGCUACACAUGGACCACAAACAGGAAUUGGAGGAGUAAUCGUUCCGUCCACAAUGGCAGCAGCUGCAUCGGUGUCGACCUAAACAGGAACUUUAAUUCUAGCUGGUGCAGUACCGGAGUAGUCUCUCAUGACCCCUGUGAUAACACCUACUGCGGUGCCUUCCCUGAGUCAGAACCAGAGUCCAAGGCUGUAGCUGACUUCCUGCGAAGCCACAAAGACACGGUCCAGCUCUACAUCAGCAUCCACGCUUUCUCUCAGAUGCUGCUCUUCCCGUACUCGUACAAGAAGGAACAUGCAGAAAACCACAAUGACCUGCUUGAGAUGGCCCAAGAAGCAGCCCAGAAAAUUAAGAACAUUUAUGAGAACAACUAUAAAUACGGUCAAGGAGCAACGACUAUAUAUUUGGCUCCUGGUGGUUCAGACGACUGGGCAUAUGACCUUGGCAUCAAAUACGCUUUCACCUUCGAGCUGCAGGACAAGGAACGCGGGCAUUACGGCUUCCUCCUGCCUCCAUCUCUCAUACCCACUGCAUGCAAUGAAGCUCUGACUGCUGUGACGACCGUCGCUCUGAAGGUUGUGGAGAAAACACAAGCUCUGAGAAGUCAUCCUGCAAGUCUCUAAGCAGCUACGUCUGCCUGACAAUUAAUUCCUGAUUAAUUUUUGUAUGAUGUUCUGUACUGUAAUUGUAGUAUCGCUCAAAGAAUAGAUGAAACUAGGUAAUAUUUGUUUUUUUGUUGAGUUUUCAUUGGAAUAAUUUUCUAGAUGAGUGUGAAGCAUCAGUUUAAAUGCUGAAAUAAAACAGAAGAAAGAAGAACAAGGUGAGGAAAUUGACUUAGAAUGUCCAUUGCAUUGUAUUGCACCAUCUAAACAAUGUUUUACAUUUUUGGAUUCCUUUACUUUACUCUUUCAAAAAUGGAUGCAGAUGAAAUAAUAGAAAAUGGGAAAUUAAGAUGCCAAAUAAAAUGACAUUUGAAUUAGUUGAA